AUGGCCGAUUUGCAAGCCACUGCCAUAGUGAUGGGUAAGAGGUUUGGAGGAGGAGGGUGUUGGAGUGCUGACGCAAUUGAAGAGAACGAUGAAGAUUUGGCAAAAGACACUUUCAUGACAUGCUCGCCAAUUGGAUGUCCGUGGAGUUUUACCAAACUAUUGACCGACUCUUCAAGGCUGGACAUCUCAAUCAAAGCCAUCCUGGCGUCUUUGCUAUAUGGAGUAAAAUUUGAAUUUUUGGGAGGGUGUUUGGCCUUGUGGCCUGCCAUUGUCGGUCGUUUUUGGCUUGCCUUCUCUUCUUUUAAUUCCAAUGGAGGUUGGGGUAGACGUUAA